AUGUCAGCUCAAGUCAUAAGUGGGAAAGAGGUUUCGGCGCAGGUAAGGGAGCGUCUAAAGAAGGAUGUGGAGCGGAUGAAACUGGUGGAUCCCAACUUCCGCCCCGGUCUGGUGGUUUUACAGGUUGGAGACCGCGAUGAUUCGAAUCUGUACAUCAGCAUGAAGCUGAAAGCAGCAGCCGAGAUUGGGAUAAACGCGACGCAUAUGAGACUUCCUAAAACCACAACAGAAGAGGAGGUUCUUCACGGCAUCAGAGAAGUGAACGAGAACUCGUCCGUCCACGGCCUCAUCGUUCAGCUGCCUUUAGACUCGCUCCACAAGAUCGACACGGAGAAGGUCACGAACGCCGUGGCUCCAGAAAAAGACGUAGACGGGCUGACCAGCACCAACGCGGGGAAGCUGUCCCGCGGGGAUCUGGGCGACUGCUUCAUCCCCUGCACGCCCAACGGCUGCAUGGAGCUGAUCCGCCAGACAGGCGUGUCGGUGGAGGGGAAGCGGGCGGUGGUGGUCGGCCGCAGUAAGAUCGUCGGGGCGCCGAUGCACGACCUGCUGCUGUGGAGCCACGCCACCGUCACCACCUGCCACUCCAGAACCGCAGACCUGGCUGCAGAGGUGGGGAAAGCUGACAUCUUGGUGGUUGGCAUCGGAAAAGCGGAGAUGGUGAAAGGCGAGUGGAUUAAGAAGGGCGCGGUGGUGAUUGACUGUGGUAUCAACCAUGUUGCAGAUGAGACAAAACCCAGUGGAAAGCGAGUGGUGGGUGAUGUUGAGUUCAGCUCGGCCAAAGAGCAGGCUGGCUUCCUCACGCCCGUCCCCGGAGGAGUGGGCCCCAUGACCGUCGCCAUGCUGAUGGCGAACACAGUGCUGAGUGCAAAGCGUUUCCUGGAGAGCCACCAGCCCGGGAAGUGGGACAUUUCUUAUACCAGACUUAACCUUCAGAAGCCGGUGCCAAGUGACAUCGUGAUUUCUCGUUCCUGCGUGCCCAAACAUAUUGGCCAUCUGGCCACAGAGGUGGGCCUGCUCUCGGAUGAGGUGGAGCUGUAUGGGAAGACAAAGGCCAAGGUCCAGCUGAGUAUCAUCAAGCGGCUUCGAUCUCAGCCUGACGGCAAAUACGUGGUGGUCACAGGCAUUACGCCCACCCCUCUGGGCGAGGGGAAGAGCACCACCACCAUCGGCCUGGUCCAGGCCUUGGGGGCGCACAUGAAGCUCAACGUGUUUGCUUGUGUCCGGCAGCCGUCUCAGGGACCCACCUUUGGAAUUAAAGGUGGUGCUGCGGGAGGUGGAUAUUCACAAGUCAUUCCCAUGGAAGAGUUUAACCUCCAUCUUACUGGUGACAUUCAUGCCAUCACAGCUGCCAACAACUUGGUGGCCGCUGCCAUCGAUGCCCGCAUGUUCCACGAGGCCACGCAGUCCGACAAGGCUCUAUAUAACCGCUUGGUUCCACUGAGUGGAGGGCAGAGGAAGUUCUCCCAAAUCCAAAUCAACAGACUCAAAAGAUUAGGCAUCGACAAGACCGAUCCUUCGACUCUUUCCGAAGAGGAGAUCACCCGCUUCGCACGCCUGGAUAUUGAACCGAGCUCGGUCACCUGGCAGAGAGUGUUGGACACAAAUGACCGGUUCCUGAGGAAAAUCACCAUUGGCCAGUCACCAACUGAGAAAGGACACACACGAGAGGCAAUAGGAUUUAUAUAUGCCCAGUUCGACAUCACGGUGGCCAGUGAGAUCAUGGCCGUGCUGGCCCUCACCAGCAGCCUGGAGGACAUGCAGCAGCGCCUGGCCAAGAUGGUGGUAGCCACCAGCCGCGGCGGGCAGCCCGUCACCACAGAGGACCUGGUCAGCGUCUCCUUACGGGGAGGGCGGGGGGGGGUCUCCAAAAGUACGUCAGGAAUAACGCAGUGUGGCGUUCUCUGUGUGCAGGGGGUGAGCGGAGCUCUAACCGUGCUGAUGAAGGAUGCCAUCAAGCCCAACCUGAUGCAGACUUUGGAGAUCGGGUUUUUAAUGGAAGGGAAACCUCUGAAUCCACAGGGAACGCCCGUGUUCGUGCACGCUGGCCCCUUUGCCAACAUUGCCCACGGAAACUCCUCCAUCCUGGCUGAUAAGAUUGCUUUGAAACUGGUUGGACCUGAGGGCUUUGUGGUGACAGAAGCCGGUUUCGGUGCUGACAUCGGCAUGGAGAAGUUCUUCAAUAUCAAGUGCCGCUAUUCAGGCCUGAGACCCCAUGUGGUGGUUCUGGUAGCAACAGUUCGAGCCCUUAAGAUGCACGGAGGUGGACCAACGGUCACUGCUGGGAUGCCAUUGCCUAAGGAAUAUGUGGAAGAGAACCUGGAGCUGCUGAGGAGCGGCUGCAGCAACAUGAGGAAGCAGAUAGAGAACGCCAGGCACUUUGGCGUGCCGGUGGUGGUGGCUGUCAACGGCUUCAAGACGGACACCGAGGCAGAGUUGGACUUGGUCUGCGGCGAGGCCAAAGCGGCCGGGGCCUUCGACGCCGUGCGCUGCUCCCACUGGGCGGAGGGCGGGGCUGGCGCCGUGGCCCUGGGUCACGCCGUGCAGCGGGCCAGCGGCGCCCCCAGCAGCUUCAAAUUCCUCUACGAUUUGGAGCUCCCAAUCAGUGACAAGAUUCGAAUAAUUGCUCAAAAGAUCUACGGCGCCGACGAUAUCGAGCUCCUCCCAGAGGCCCAACACAAGGUGGAGCUGUACGCCAAGCAGGGUUUCGGUAAUCUUCCCAUCUGUAUGGCGAAGACGCAUUUGUCUCUUUCUCACGAGGCAGACAAGAAAGGCGUGCCUACAGGCUUCAUCCUGCCUAUCAGGGACAUCCGAGCGAGUGUGGGCGCCGGCUUCCUCUUCCCAUUGGUUGGCACGAUGCCAACGAUCCCCGGCCUGCCCACCCGGCCUUGUUUCUACGAUAUCGACCUGGAUCCUGAGACGGAACAGGUCAACGGGCUCUUCUAAGACAGACAAAGGCCUCCGCCCCUUCUGAGGCUAAAGACAGCAGCUGGAACACAGCUGCAUGCGGUCACCUCUCACAGGGGGAUGGUAACAGGUCCACCAAUGUUAAGCCGGUUUUUUUUUUUUUUUUCUCUUCUUAUUUUUCCUUCCAUUCGACAAAUUCCUGUGUGUCUCUCUGAGCCUUGAUUAACUUGGAGUGGGUAAUAACCGGAGACGCUCUGAGCUGCUUUAUCUGGUUCCUGCUCACUGAUGUGUCAGUUCCCUGAGGGUACCGGACACAUCAAUGAACAAUCAUAAUCACACAGCAGUUCCUUUCUCCUGUUUUCGUGUUAAUAAAUUAGUGGGUCACACCCCAACGGCAACAUUCGCUAACUUCACCUUUAGUGUCAGGAGUUUUUUAUGAAAGAGGCAUCCCCUCCAGUCCCCUGACUUUGAAGUGAUUUAUUAGAAUGUGUUUUCUAAAUGGAAAAUAAUUAAAGAAACUUUUUGUCUAACAGAUUUGUUUUCUAUCAGCUUGAUGGACAUGAUGUUCUGAUCCACAGUUUUUCUGUAUUUUUUAAUCUAAUGUCUUUAAAACCAUCUUGCAUUAAUGGUCAGACUACUAUUUUUGUGAAGCAAAACUGACAAAUUUACCAUUUAUUUCUACUAAUUAGCAACAAAAGACUAAAUAAAGGCUUUGAAACCGUG